GAUGCCCGCGCAUCCGACUCUUUUUGGUCUGUCCUCAGUACUUCGGUCAUUCGCAGCAUCCAGCCGCGCUAUCAACAUCCUUGUUGUUCCUCCAAGUCGCGGAACUGCUUCGCUAAGACGUUAUCGAGGUACAUCUUAUUUGUAUACCCCCCAAAAUACUACUUUUUGCUCAGUGUAUUUUGAAACCUAUGGAUGUCAAAUGAACCACAGUGACACAGAGGUAGCCAAAUCUUUACUGGCUACUGCCGGGUUCCAACAAGCUACUUCCAUUCAAGAGUGCGGCACUGUUCUUUUGGUGACUUGUUCUAUUCGUGAGAGCGCUGAACUGAAAAUCUGGAAACGGCUACAAUAUUUACGUUUGCUGUCUAGGCGGCAAAAUUUGAACCUGAAGAUUGGCGUUCUCGGUUGUAUGGCCGAGCGUCUGAAAGAUCGUUUGCUGAGUAGCGCGUCACAUGUAGAUCAAACAUCCUGGGGAGUUGCCAGCACCAACACAUCCGAUCUCAAACACUUACAAGGCGCCGACUUCGUAUGCGGUCCCGACGCUUAUCGCGACUUGCCUCGUCUCAUCGAGGAUGCUUAUGCGGGACUCCAGGGUUCUAGCGUCGCCUUAUCACUGGAAGAGACAUAUGCAGACGUGCCCCCUGUUCGCCAGUGUUGUUCACCAGGAACUGAGUCUGAAGACCGGAGACUCAGUCCUUUCGCUUUCAUCUCUGUGAUGCGUGGUUGCGACAAUAUGUGCACCUACUGUAUCGUCCCAUUCGUCCGUGGCCGCGAACGCAGUAGACCCUUAAACUCGGUGGUUCAAGAAGCAAAACAACUAUUUGAGGAAGGUGUCCGCGAAAUUACCCUUCUUGGACAAAAUGUGAAUAGUUAUUGUGAUCGUACCGUGUCCACUGAGAGAACGAUGGCUCACUCCGACUGCCAACUGACACCCAGAUUCAAGACAAUUUACCGCACCAAACAUGGCGGCCUGCGUUUUGCUGACCUGUUGGACGAAGUGAGCGCAAUCAGUCCCGAGUUGCGCGUGCGUUUCACCUCUCCUCAUCCAAAAGAUUUUCCAAGCGAAGUUCUCCAGUUGAUUGGUGAACGUCCGAACAUUUGCCCUCAUCUGCAUUUGCCUGCGCAGUCUGGAAGUCGUCGUGUUCUUGAAAACAUGCGCCGUGGAUACACUCCGGAGGCUUACCGCGAACUAGUUAGCACGGUGCGUCGCCUCGUUCCGGAAAACUCGCGCAUACCACCGCUUGGUUGACGACGUACCUCCCGAUGUGAAGCAACGACGUCACGUGGAAUUGAAACUCGCCGG